AUUCUACUUUAUUACAUUAGUGCUACAUUAUUUUUGAACGAGGUUUCACAUAAUUGUACAACUCUUGCAUUAGGUCUGAAAGAAAUCUUUGUUUUUGAGCCAGUGUGGAAAACUCAUGGCUCCACACUUAUCUAUCUCCAUAACAUUUGCAGUUGCCAAACAUUCAGCAUUGCACCUUGUACACUUUGCUUUCUAUUCGUUUCUCUCUCUUUGUAGUCUUUGUGUGCGUGCAUGCGUGCGUGCGUGUGUGUCUGUGUGCGUGCGUGCUGUCAUUUUGCUGAUUGGCUUUGGAAACCCUUUUCCAACAGCCUUCUCCUUUGGCGAGGAUCGCCAUAUUUGCUGUUGUUAUCACUGUGUUUAUGGGAGCUAGCCGCAGCGCAUUGGCGUUCAUAUAUGACAGUCAAAAGGGCCAUAAACGCGGGGAGAGAGGCUGAAGUUUAUGGUUGCCUCUCUCUGCCAUAGUCCGGCCUUGCCUUGCGCAUCCUUUACUGCGCGCUGGAAUUCCGUCCCUAAUUACGGGACAUCCUCCCCGUUGCCGCAGCAACGCGGCCAUAAAAGCUGUCUGAGAGUCUGGAGCAUUUGUACAAUUGGAGUGCAGUGCAAUAAACCGUCUGAGACCCAAGGUUAUUAACUGUGUUACCAAGGAGGCGAGAGCAACGACAGGGAGAGGACGGAUAGGGAAAGCUUCAGCUUGUUGGCUGCACCGACUCCAUUUGUGAGGCUUUUCCCCCUCGUCUAGUUUGUCCACCUCGACAUCAGUGUAUAGUGGCAACUACUGCACCACGGAUCAGACUCUUCUCUGCCACUGGGCGGCGCUAUUGGGACCAAUGUCACGGCCGUGGAUCUUUUCGUCUCCACACUCACCUCGAAUGCACGCAGCUCCAUGAUGGAUAUCGCUCCGACUGCUACGUAGCCUUGGAGUGGGAGGGACUGCCCCUCUUCCAGCAUUUCCAUUGGUUUUACAGUUCGCACGGCGGAGAGGGGGGUGCCGCUAAUCAUAUCCAACAUGUUUUGUACAAGAAAUGUCAGCCAGAAAGGGCUAUCUUCUCCCUUCGCCAAAAUACACCACAAUAAUGUCAUGUUCGGACAGCCCGUCAGGAAAUGCGUUUUUAGUGGAUUCUUUGAUCAGUGGCCGCACGGAGAGCGGCGGAGGUCACUACGCGGGGAGCGCGGUGUGCGUGCCUCAUAGCACCGCUACAGAAGUGCCUUACGGACUACACAACUAUGGAUACUUCCCAGGUAUGGGUAAGCGGAACGAGGUGGGCGCCCAGAACAUGGUUUCAGCUUCUGGUGCGUACAUGUCCAGCAUGGAGAUGUGGAUGGACGCGCAGAGGUCAUGUCGAAUGGAUCAAGAGCACCCGGUAGGUCCUCAGGUCGCGCCCUGCUCGUUCCCGCAGAACAUUAAGGAAGAGAGCACCUACUGCCUGUAUGAGCAGCCGAAGUGUCCUAAAGCCUCCACCGCUGAAGAUCUAACGUAUUCGAGGUUAACUACAGCUGGCCUCGGCUCCACGUCUUGCACAGUGACCGAUGGUGGUGGUGGUGGUGGAGGAGGCGGUGGCGGCGGGGGCUCAGUGCCUGUGCCGUGCUACUUCCGCUUGUCUCAGACGCACGCACAUUCUCAUAAACUUUACAACACCAACGGCCCCCAACCGAACCCUUCCCAUUCUCAUUUUGGCCUACACCCCACUGUUUCUGCUCGUUUCCACACGCCACCAACCUCGGCUUCUGCUCCAGCUUCGGGGCUGGAGGAGCGGAGCACCGAGGAGCCCGUGUCCUCGGCGAAAACAAACGUACAGCCUCACGUUACACCGGGGGCCGAAGAGGCGAGGGUGUCCUCGGAUGCAGAAGCGUCCUCAGAAGAGGAGCCGGAGGAGAAUGACAAAGACAGACCAGCAAAGACCACUAAAGGAGACACAAAAAGGGAUGAAAACAUGGCCAACUGGCUGACGGCGAAAAGCGGCCGGAAGAAGCGCUGUCCAUACACCAAGCAUCAGACACUGGAGCUGGAGAAGGAGUUCCUCUUCAACAUGUACCUUACCCGAGAGCGCCGCCUAGAGAUCAGUAAAAGCGUCCACCUGACGGACAGACAGGUUAAAAUCUGGUUCCAGAACCGCAGGAUGAAACUGAAGAAGAUGACGCGGGAAAACCGGAUCCGGGAGCUCACGUCCAACUAUGGAUUUUCAUGAUGAACAAACCUCAUGAUUACAGUGAAAACACAGGGGGAAAAUAGGUGAAAUCAAAUACACCUCACCAUUUUGUCCACAUGACUCAGUUGACAGUGUUGGGGACAUACAACUUCCUUUUUCAUUUCAAGACGAGGUUAUAAUAAUAUCAGUUCACCGUCAUCUCUGAGGAAAGAGGAAAGCGAGAGAAAUGUCAUGAGGUUCUGCUGAUAGUUUUUUUUUCCCUGAUGUCUUUUUGUGUUGUCGACACGUUUCUGUCACUUCUGUCGUAUGUUGGGAUGGUGUCGUCAGUGGCGUUCAGUCAAUGCAGUUUACACACACACACACACACACACACACACACACACACACACACACACACACACACACACACACACACACACACACACACCUUAUGCCCUAAAAACGGGUUAAAAUCGUCCACUUUUAUUAACCGACGAACAAUAACCUUUAUCUAAAUUUAAUAAAAAAUAAUUAUGAAUUUCCUUCAUUUUAAUUGGAAUUGCAUGGUAUAGCCUUAAGUUUUUUUUCCCUACAUUUUUAAAUCGAUUUGAAACCACCCUGGAAUAUAAUACCCAUGUAUCACCAAGGGAAGAGUAACUCAUCUAUGGCCAUUAAAUGUAGUCCACAAUGAUAUACAGUAGAUCUAUGUACGAGCUAAAUGUAUAAACUGAAUCUUUAAUCACGCUAAGGACGUUUACACGAAAGCGGUGCGCAAAGUGAAGGAGGACUGUUUUUAUUGUAUAUUUCUGUGUAAAUAUGACAUUGUGUUUUUUUUUUGUGUAAUGCUUAAUAAAUUAUCAGCUCGCAUUAAGGAGUAACUUUGUAUUUUUCCUUUGCUGUGUUUAUAUUUUCUGGUCAGAGUUUGUUGCACAGAAAAAAAAAAUGUUUUGAAAUGACAAAGUCCAAAAAUAAUACAUGGUCCUCCUUCUGGAGAUCACCUAUUGCUGUGAACCCUUUUAGAAAUGUUGGUAGGGGCUAAUGUGUAAUGGCCAUCGGAAAUAAUUAAGAUAUUAGGCUGUAAGCCGUCUAGCUGCAUGCCCAGCCGGCUAUUGUAGAGUUUUAUGACUGGCUGGUAUAUGAGGUUUCUCCCUCUCCUCUAAGAGCAGCUUCAGUCGUGGGAGAGCCUUUCAGACGGAGAGGAGGCCCGGCUCUCAGCUAGAAACCCGAACUGUGUACGCACGUUUUUUUGUGGAUAAAACAUACCACCGGCUUUGUUUUGGAAUACUGGGAUUAAUGUUUCUGGGAUCGAGUAAGUCAGUUCUUCAUUGAGGAAUUGUCUCUUUGUGCGCCUUGUUGCAGAGGAUUCACCUUCAGUGUGUGUGCAACACACUUGUGCUUUCUCAGUGCAGACGAAUUUGUGGACACUUGAUGACGGAACCGACGACCUCGGUGCAUUGCGAAUUGGCUGAUUGGGUUUCACUUGAGGGCCCGGAUCGACUGUCGUGUGGUUUAGGUAGUUUCAUGUUGUUGGGGUCCAUUUCUAAACUCUGCAACAUGAAACUGUCUUAAUUGCCCCAGUUACAAGCAUCGAGACAUGAACGGGGAAGCAAACCGGGGACAUAAAGAUGAUUGGGUUUGUGGAACAUUUGUGCAGAGGUGAUUUGGGACUAUGUGUUGAAAAGCUGCACGGCUGAUAAAUCGGGGAGGGGGGCUGGCUGCAUGGCUGCUGUGUAUAUUCCUAACCUGUCUCCUGCAGUGUUUUCUUCAGUGUUCUCCACUCGUCUUGUCGUCAAAACGGGCCCAUGUGUGCUGAAUUUAAGCGUGAUCAAAGCUCAGCUGCAGUCUACAUGGCGGAUUUGGGAUUAAGAGUAAAGCCGUGAGUGUUUUCCGUGAGUAGUAGUGACGCAGACACGCCAGACAAGGCCUCGGUUACGACCACUGCAGUGGAGGGGAAGGGGAAGGUGAAUGGGGCAACAGCGACCUCCGUGGGCAAUGAGACCGGAUGCUUCCGCUGCGCAAUAUAGUGGCUCAGACAAAAGGAGGGGAAGGGCUUUAUGGCGACAUUUAGAUUCGCCAGACAGGCUGUUAUCUGCAGAGGCAAAAGAAGUAAAUAGCCCCUGCGGUAAACUGGGCGAAAAAAACACCCUGGUUUAGGUUUACAGCCCAAAAGCCAUUUGCACUAUGGCGUCUUUUCCUGCUCCAAAGGUGUUUGACUGUUCUAAGUUUUAGUGCACAAACAGGCUAUUUUACCCAGUCGGCUUGUUUGAUGUCUGCUGGUCAAGUAAUAUGCAGGUCGUACAUGUGAGGUGAGAGUCUCAAACUAGAAUGCACAUUAUGGACACCUUGUAGUGUGGACUCCUUCAGUGCACCUCUGCUAAAACGCAACAGCAACACAAGAGUGGCGUGAAUUCCUGCGUGUUGAAUUGCCUGUGGCCUUGUGGGGGUGUUGGCCAAGCUCUCCGUUUAUUUGCUGGUAAUAAAUAAAACACGCGGGGUUUAUAUGUGAGAACGCAAGCUUGUCGUAUUGUAUAUCUGCAAUGUGGACUUUGGUUUAGAUUAGAAUGUGCAUUUAUGCGCACGCAGACGCCCUCCUGAUAAAACAAAACAAAAAAAAAAAUUCACAUUCACAUGAAGUAUUUCCCCUGUAAUGCAGAUUAACUCUUAUUUUAUUAGACUGUAGUAUAGUUUGUUACAUUUCUUUUGUUGAGCAAUUUUAGCACCUUUUUUGUCUGAAUGCAUUUUAUGACACUUUAAACUUUAAAGUUAACAACAUGCAUAUCAUUUUAUACAAUUUAAUUUAAUCUCGUUGCACACCAGCGGGCAGCUUUCUCGCUCUUUCUUGAUUUAAUUUCUUUAAUAUUUUCCUCCUCUAAAGCAGCACUACAUUCCACACAGUAUAUUUAUACGGAAACGCCUGCUGUUUACAAACCGUCGCACUCAUUUAGUCCAUUUUUAAAAGGAACUAAAACCCACAAACACCACAUUACGCGUUAGUUGUGUUUAGGUGUAAGGUUAUACCGAAGCAAUGGCUGCUAACGGCUGUUACACUUUGUUUGUUAAUGACAGUGGCGACACCAACAUACACAAGUGAUAACGGCGGCUUAAAUGACUCACGGCUUAACCGACGUCAAACCCGCAUCCGCCAUUGAUAUAGACACACUAAAUAUCUUAUUAUAUAUUAUAAUAAAAAUGAUGCUCUUGUGUUUAAUGCUAGUGUUUCUGUAGUUCAUAGGCGCACUGUAUUUUUUUUAAAUUCUUCCUCUGUAAAUGAAGAUAGUCAAUAUUUGUUUAUGUAGUGUCCACUUUGUCUCACACACGACCUUAUAUUUUCUUCUUUAAUACAUGUUUUAUUAACCAAUGAUUCCACCGUAUGUUGCAUAUAAUAUUGUUUGAUUUGACGAAACUGCAACAAAAGAGUUGCUGUAAAUAAAACAAUCCUGCCAUUUUUUUCAUGUUUAUUAAGUUGAAUUGAAAAUGUUAAAAUGUAAUAUUUUUUUCAUUUUUCGAAGACCUUUUUCUAAACCCCUCCCACCACACUAGUCCUGUAUAUUAUUGACUUUAUAAUGUAUAUAUCCUGUAAUGUGCAAUCAACUCUUACAGAUAUACUCCCAGUUUACGCAAUGUGUAAAAUCAUGAACAAAACAUAUUUUUUGUAAUAAAACAUUACCAUAUGAUAUAAGCAUUAACCUAUGCUUAGUUUCUGUAUUUUGCACGCGUGUAAAUAUGUUUCCUGGUUAAAUAUCAAAUGCUCUAUUUAAUAUGAUCUGUGAUAUUUCUUUUUUUUGUAAAUUAAAUUCCAUAUUUCGAGCAGACGUGCGCACACACUGCGAGAAGUCUGGUGAAGCCGAAGCAGAAAAAGUAAAUAAAGAUGUAAUUUGUCUGCUCCUGAUUUGA